AAACAGGCUGUAAAUUCUAAUGAAGGCUAUGAAACUGAAUGAAUAUUUCCACCUGAUCAAGGAAGUGUACUUCUCUUUUUACAAUCAAGUUGAUCGAGAUUUUAGACAACCAUUCACGCUUUGCUACCUCAUUAGUGAGCUGAUUAUUGUUGGGUACAAUAUUUAUAGUUUCUGGGAUCUUACAAAGUUUGUACAUGUAGAGAGGUAAUCAAACUCCUGCCAAAUUGCACAUUUGUCAAUGGAAGUAACCUUUAUAAUAUAUCAAGUCUUUUAGAAUUUAUGUACAUAGUAGUUCUGACAUGCUAAUUUCAAGGAGAAAUAUUUAACCAUUGAACAGUUGAUUUUAAUUAUCCUUUUUUCUUGGCUCCUACCACAUAAAAAAUGAUGGGGUCAAAGGAGUGAUUGAGUUUUAAGAUUCAGUUCUCUUUUGGAAUUUUUUAGUACCUUCUUUUUUAAUCUCUUUCAUUCUCAAACCUUCUCUUAUGCAUUGCCAGGUUUAUGAUGUGUCAUCAUAUUUAGAUGAACACCCAGGUGGAGAUGAUGUCUUACUAAGGGCGACUGGAAAAGAUGCCACCGAUGAAUUUGAAGAUGCUGGGCAUAGCAAGAGUGCAAGGGAACUAAUGGAGAGUUUCUGCAUUGGGGAACUAGACCCUACCCCAGCCAUUCCUAAGCUGGAGAUUGUCUCUAAGAAGCAAGAACUUGAGGGCGUCUCCCAGAAGGUCAUUAACCUUGGUAAACAAUACUGGGUUAUUCCAGUUGCUGUUGGCUUAUCAGUGGUGGUUAGCUUCCUGUACCUGCGCAAGAAGUAAAAGAUGUCAAGUUCUCAGACUAGAAUAAAUUAUUUUCCAAUUUUGAUUUAUUAAUACACUAGGGAAUGAAAAAACUAACCCCAUGUUCUGAAACUUGAAAAUUGGGGACGAUAUCAGUUUUGUUAGUCAUUACCUCAAAUACGACUGAGGCUGUUGAAGCCCGGAUUGACAUACAUUCUUUCUUAUAUAAGAAUUGCGAUGCUGGAGACUGAUUUGAGUUUGA